AUGUCGUCCACGGACAGCAGCUCUCUGGGCAGCAGCGGCGAAGGCCUUGGCCUGUCCUCUGCACCCUACACCUGGAUCCUCACGCCUCUCAUCGUUUUCCUCUCCAUCGGCAUCCUCGCGACUCUUAUCCAGUUCCAGCGUCGCCGCCGUCUCCGCAGGCUUGGACUGCAACGCCCGUGGCCCCGUCGCGAUCUCGAAGCGAAUCGUCAAAGAGCUGGAGGUCAGCGCUCAUCGCGAAACGGCCGCUGGGCGUGGACCACUCGCCCCGACGAAGGUCUGGACGAGUUCGGCGAGGCCCCUCCUGCCUACGAGCCGAAAGCUAAGCCCGGUCAGGCCGUCACCCGGGAUGGCAGCUUCGAGAUGGCCCACGUCGAGCACAUGCCCCCGCCGCCUCUCAUCGGCGCGGCAGGAGCUGGCCGGGGCUCCCUGCCCCCAGACUACGGCACGGCCACCGGUUCUACGUCUUCAACACCACCCACCAUCGCGACACCGCCCACUGCGGUUACGAGAAGCUAA